ACUCCUCCCAGCGACAGUCGCAGUUAUUCCGAUAUCGCAGACUGCUACUGACAUAUUUGUUAUAACUCAAAAGGAAUACCAAUAUAACAUCAAGAAUAUUAGUGAUAAAUAGCAAUCAUCAUUACGGUACUAUUACGUGACAUUGUUAUAUUGUGAUAAAAAUACAUCAUAGCAAUAAUUAUCAAGAGUGGAAUUUUUCCAAUAACGUGUUGACGUAGAGUUUUACCCACGACCGAUAUAAUGGGAGACGAUAAAUUCCAAUUUUCUAUAGAUCGUGGAGGCACGUUCACUGAUAUAUAUGCUAGAUGCCCUGGAGGCAAGAUUCGAGUUAUGAAAUUACUUUCGGUAGAUCCUAGUAAUUAUAAUGAUGCGCCGACAGAAGGUAUCCGCAGGAUACUAGCAGAGGAAACUGGCAUUAAAAUGAAUGGCAUAGUGAAUAGUUCUAAUAUUGGAUGGAUCAGGAUGGGAACGACUGUUGCUACUAAUGCAUUGUUGGAAAGAAAAGGCGCGAAAAUGGCAUUGUUGAUAAACGAAGGUUUUGAGGAUCUUUUGUACAUCGGUAAUCAGUCCCGACCAAAUAUUUUCGAUUUGGAAAUAGUGAUGCCACAAGUUUUGUACAAAUAUGUAAUAGAAGUGAAAUGUAGAGUAAUUCCCGCUCUUUCGGGAAGUUGUCAAAUGGAGAAUCGAUCGUGGCGAAGAGUGAAAGGUUCUACUGGCGAGGAUCUAUUUAUUAUUCAAGAACUCGACGAAAUACAAUUGAAAGAAGAUUUAAAGAAACUUCGUGAUCUGAGAAUAGAUAGUCUUGCUGUUGUUUUAGCACAUAGCUAUACUCAUGCAGCUCAUGAAAUCAGAGUUGGCGAGUUAGCACGGGAAGCAGGUUUCUCGCAAAUAUCUCUUUCACAUGAAGUAAUGCCAAUGAUAAGAAUGGUGUCCAGAGGUUUUACAGCCUGUGCUGAUGCUUAUUUAACGCCACAUAAUUAAAAUUAUCUACGGGCCUUCUCUUCCGGAUUUAAAAACAAUUUGAAGAACGUGAACGUAUUAUUUAUGCAAAGUGAUGGCGGAUUAACACCUAUGGAUUCUUUUAAUGGGUCACGUGCUAUACUUUCUGGACCAGCUGGUGGUGUCGUUGGAUACGCAAUGACGACUUAUGGAAAAGAAACUGAUCUACCAGUAAUUGGGUUUGAUAUGGGCGGUACAUCUACAGAUGUAAGUCGAUAUGGAGGAAGUUAUGAGCACAUUUACGAGAGCACUACAGCAGGCGUCGCUAUACAGGCUCCACAGUUGGACAUUAAUACAGUGGCGGCAGGAGGCGGAUCGAUGCUUUUCUUCAGAUCUGGUCUUUUCCAAGUUGGACCUGAGAGCGCGGGAGCCCAUCCUGGACCAGCAUGUUACAAAAAGGAUGGCCCACUGACAGUGACGGAUGCAAAUCUUGCUUUAGGUCGUUUGCUGCCCGAAUAUUUUCCUCAAAUUUUUGGGCCUAAUGAAAAUGAACCGCUUGAUGUAUCUCGCACAUUGAGUAUGUUCACAGCACUCACUUAUGAGAUCAAUGAAUUUCUGAAAAAAGAUGAAGCAAUGUCAAUUGAUGAAGUAGCAAUGGGAUUCAUCAGAGUUGCGAAUGAGACUAUGUGCCGACCAAUUCGUGCUUUGACUCAGGCAAAGGGUUACGAUACUUCACGUCACGUUUUGGCAUGUUUCGGCGGUGCCGGAGGUCAACAUGCUUGUGCAAUCGCUCGAUCAUUGGGCAUAAGUACAGUUUUUAUUCACAAGUACGCUGGUAUCCUGUCAGCUUAUGGAAUGGCAUUGGCAGACGUUGUUGAAGAAGCACAAGAACCAAGCGCUGAAUCUUAUGAACAGGAAAGCUUUGCUCACUUGGAUGAUCGUCUGGACGCAUUGGAAGCCAAAGUCAAAAGUAAACUUCGUGCACAAGGAUUUGUUGAUUCUCAAAUAAAAACGGAAUCAUUUUUACACUUACGUUAUGAGGGUACUGAUUGUGCUUUAAUGUGCACUCCUAUAAAUCAAAAUUCAAAGAUUAUUACUACUAGACACGGUGAUUUUCUUGCUACUUUUCUAGAAAGAUAUAAGACAGAAUUUGGUUUUACGAUACCGGAACGUAAAAUUCUCGUCAAUGAUAUGAGAGUUCGAGGAAUAGGAAAAACUGAAAUUCCCGAAGAUCCCAUAUUACCUCAUUCACAAGUUUCGCCAAAAGUUGAAAAGACCACUAUGGUGUAUUUCGAAGGUGGUUAUCAGGAAACAGGCGUCUAUCAAUUAAAUUCACUGUCACCAGGACAUGUUUUACAUGGUCCCGUAAUUAUUAUGGAUAGUUUAAGCACACUUUUAGUGGAACCAGAUUGUGUAGCGGAAAUCACUUGUCGCGGGGAUGUAAAAAUUACGAUUGGACAAGGACAACGAACAAAAGUCACUACUGAUCUCGAUAGUAUUCAAUUGAGUAUCUUUUCGCAUCGUUUUAUGAGCAUUGCUGAACAAAUGGGUCGAGUACUUCAAAGAACUUCGAUUUCUACUAAUAUUAAAGAACGACUGGAUUUCUCAUGUGCGAUUUUUGGUCCUGACGGUGGCCUUGUUUCAAACGCGCCUCAUAUUCCUGUACAUUUGGGCGCCAUGCAAGAAACUGUACAAUACCAGAUGAAAGCAUUUAAUGGCAAAUUUACGCCAGGAGAUGUCAUUCUUUCUAAUCAUCCAUCGGCAGGCGGUUCCCAUCUACCAGAUUUAACAGUCAUUACGCCAGUAUUUUACAGAAAUGUGCCCACACCAGUAUUCUUCGUGGCUAGUAGAGGUCAUCAUGCUGAUAUUGGUGGUAUUACACCAGGCUCCAUGCCACCACAUUCAACAAGUCUGAGUCAGGAAGGCGCUGUCUUUAAAAGUUUUCUAUUAGUACAUAAAGGAAUAUUCCGAGAGAAAGAAUUAACUGAUGCUUUGAUGGCUCCAGGUAAAAUACCUGGAAGUUCAGGAACCAGAAAUCUGUCGAACAAUAUUAGCGAUCUAAAAGCUCAAAUCGCUGCAAAUCAAAAAGGCUUCCAAUUAGUAAAUGAAUUAAUUGAUAUAUACAGUCUUGAAGUAGUUCAAGCGUAUAUGGAUUAUAUCCAAUGCAAUGCCGAGGUUGCUGUUCGAGAAAUGUUGAAAUCGAUAAGUACAAGAAUUAAAAUGCAAAGAGGCACAAAAAUCGACAUCGAUGCCAUUGAUUAUCUUGAUAAUGGCAGUCCCAUCAAGUUACAUGUGGAUUUGGAUAUAAACAAGGGUGAAGCAAUUUUUGAUUUUAGUGGAACAGGUUGUGAAGUAUGGGGUAAUUGUAACGCGCCACGUGCCAUAACUUUGUCUGCAAUAAUUUAUUGUUUGAGAUGUAUGGUUGGUCAAGACAUACCAUUAAAUCAGGGUUGUUUAAAGCCUGUAAAAAUAAUUAUUCCUAAAGGAUCAUUACUCGAUCCUUCAGAAGAUGCGGCGGUGGUGGGUGGCAAUGUCUUGACAUCUCAACGUAUUGUUGAUGUAAUCUUGUCUGCUUUCGAAAUUUGCGCAGCCUCGCAAGGUUGUAUGAACAACGUAACCCUCGGCACCGAGCAGUGGGGUUAUUACGAAACAGUUGCUGGUGGAAGUGGGGCAGGACCCACAUGGCACGGUAGAAGUGCAAUUCACACGCAUAUGACCAAUACGAGAAUCACAGAUCCAGAAAUACUCGAGCUUCGCUAUCCAAUUAUACUUAACCGCUUUUCUAUUCGAUCUGGAAGCGGUGGUAAUGGAGCAUAUAUUGGUGGCAAUGGCAUUGUGCGUGAAAUGAUAUUUAGGGCUCCAAUGACCCUAUCUGUAUUAACUGAACGGAGAGUAUAUCAUCCACCUGGUUAUGAUGGUGGUGAGGAUGGAGCAUGUGGUUUAAAUAUUUUGGUGCGGGCUGAUGGCAGACGGAUCAAUUUAGGCCCAAAGGCUGCUGUUCCAGUUUAUACAGGAGAUAAGUUCGUUAUGGAAACUCCAGGUGGUGGUGGUUACGGUUCCGUUCAUAAAAAGAGGCAUACUGAAAAAUCUUCGAAAAGUCAUGAUUCUCAAUGUUUAACAACAAGAUUUGCAUCAAACUCAAACAGAAAUCUGCACUAUUUUAUGGAACGCGGAAGUGUUUUUGAAUAUCGUAUGGUUCAAGAAUCCGUUUAAAGUGAUUUAUCAUCACUUAAAUUUGAUAAAUUAUAAUAUGGAAGAUAUUCUAGAAAGAACAAACAUGUGUAUAUUAUAAUAUUGAACUCAUGUUACAUUAUCAUAAUAAUUUUUUAUUAGGAAAUAAAUGUUCUUAAAUAUUUUAAAUAUCAUAGUUAUGUUGUAUGUUUAUAAAUAAGUAAUCACAUUUUAAUUAUAUUUUAUUUUCUGACUAUAUUGUUAUAAAAUUAUCGUUAAUAUUUUAUUAAUAAAUAAAAAAAUGUCAUUUACUGUUAUUUUUAAACAAUAAAGAUAUUAUUGUAUAUUUUAAA